GCCCAGGAUUCUGUCCCUUGGAAGCCUCUCCGCAUCCAGUCCUUCGUACUCCCGGAAGUCAGCUCAGCCGAAGGUGCCCCUGAGGUGCGGGAGUUCCAGGGAGGGCCCCUGGUGCCCCCCGUUCCUGCGCAGAUCCCCUGUCAGGCCGUGCGGGCAGCCUCGUUCCUGGAGGAGCAUUCAGCCCAGCUCCGUGAGCUGCCCGAGGGGGAGUCGGCCGGCGACGCAGACAAGGCUUGCAGGCGACAUCUGGCCCCGCGACUGGUGGAGCAGCUGAGGCAGGGCUGGGGGCAGACAACAUCUGGCGCCUCUGGGAUUCCGGGGUCUGGCCUAGAGCUGAGUGAGCUCCUCUCCGCCUGGGGGCCGGGUCCCAGAGAGCCUCGAGGCAAGGGUUCCAGGUUCACUCAUGCAGAGAAAUUCACUUUUGCUCAGGAACAACAGGCGGCCCAAGCCCCGGUUUUGCCACCCACGGAGCUCCCCUCCCAACUGUCCCCCUCCCACUUGGAGCAGGAAGUGCGGGCAGGCCAAGAGGCAGAACUGGCUUCUCUCCAGGGCCACCUCGAGCUUGUGGGCCACAGCAUCAAGGAAGUCGGGGCCACCGUGAAGAGGCUGACCCUCAGCACAAGCCAGGUCGAAGCAGAGGCCCAGCAAGAUUGGCUGAGCACCACAGAGCGGGACCGAGCCAGGCAGCUGAAGCGCCGGGCUGUGGACCUGCUGCCAGAUGCCCCCGGCAACCUGGCCAAAUUGCAGGUGGUGGUAGAGGCCAGCGCCCAGCGUGUCAUUCACCUGGCUGGCCAGUGGGAGAGACAUCGAGUGCCGCUACUGGCUGAGUAUCGGACGCUGAAGAUGCGUCGGGACCAGAGAGAGCUGGAGUCGUCACACAAGGUGGCCGAGCUCCAGGCCCUGCAGGAUUGCGUUCGGGUGGCUGCUGCCGAGGCCCGCCGCAAGGAAGGUCUAUACAAGCAACUGGUGGCUGAGCUGGAGACCCUGCCCGGAGAUAUGGCUCGCUCUGCCUACACCCAUCGCAUCCUGGAGAUCGUGGGCAGCAUCCGGAAGCAGAAAGAGGAAAUCACUAAGAUUCUUUCCGAUACCAAGCUGCUUCAGAAAGAGAUCAAUGCUCUGUCUGGCAAGCUGGACCGGACCUUUGCUGUCACAGAUGAACUGGUCUUCAAGGACGCCAAGAAGGACGACUCAGUGAGGAAGGCCUAUAAAUACCUGGCAGCCCUGCAUGAAAAUUGCAGCCAGCUUAUCCAGACCAUAGAGGACACUGGCACCAUCUUGCGGGAGGUCCGAGACCUGGAAGAGCAAGUGAGCAGUCGGAGGGAGGACAGGCCUCUUCCCUAGCAAAGGGCCAGGGCUACCAUCUUGGCCUUACUCUUUCUUUGGCCACUGAGUGCCACUGUCCAGGAGCUCUUGAGGCCUGCCUGCUUCCCCCAAGCACAGGACCCAAGAUGGCGUUUGCUCCCCAAGCGUCUGGUACUGCUGACCAGCCAGGGAUCCGAAGCAGGCCUUCGGUGAUGGCCCUGGUCAGAGUUGGAGCCUUAGAACGAAGAAUCUGGCUUCCCCGCCCACUUUGGUCUUUCGUCCC